ACUCUCACUCCUCACUUCUCUCUCUCUCUCUCUCUCACUUUUCUCACUUCAAUACUUAGAAAAGUUUUGAUUUUGAUUGCUUUCAUGGAAACCCCAGAAGAGUUUGUGGGAUCUAAUGAUCAAAUUCAUACUAUUGUUGCUGUUAAAGGCCGCCGUAGUAACAAGCGUAUGAGGCUUCUUUCUUCUGGUCUUGAUGCUACUUCCUCCUCCUCUUGCGGUGGCGCCGAUGAAUUCCCCGCCGCUUCUUCCUCCAUCUCCGGCGACACUAAUAAUCUCGUUCUUGAUGAUGAUCAUCAUGAGAUUAGUACUGAGGAGGAAGAAGAUAUGGCUAAUUGCUUGAUUCUUUUAGCUCAAGGAGAUUCCCACCGCCGCCCAAGGCAAAUUCUUCAAGACCCUCUCAAAAUUGAUAAAAUCACUGCUAAAAGAUUCAAUUUUGAGAUGUCUAAAACCACUGGAUUUUAUGUUUAUGAGUGCAAGACUUGUAAUCGGACUUUCCCUUCUUUUCAAGCCCUUGGCGGCCACCGCGCUAGCCACAAGAAGCCUAAGCUGCCGAUCACCACCCUGGAGGAACCAGAAGAAUCACAAUUCAUCAAAAUUGUGACUCCAGUUCAAAUUCCAACCAAAGGGACGACGGGAAUAAAUUUUCAAGCUCAUAAAGGAGGGAAAGUUCAUGAGUGUUCUAUAUGUGGAUUGGAAUUCACUUCAGGUCAAGCAUUGGGAGGACAUAUGAGAAGACACAGAGCCACAACCGCCGUGUCGAGCGCACAACAACUAGCUGUGGCUACAAACACGGAACAUAAUAAUCAUCAUCAUCGUAAUUCCUCUGAGGAUCAAAGGAAGGAAAGGAACAUUCUAGAAUUGGAUCUGAAUCUACCGGCGCCGGAAGAUGAUCUCCGGGAGACAAAGUUUCAAUUUACGGCAACCCCACAAACAAUUGUCUUCUCAGCACCAACCCUUGUGGAUUGCCAUUAUUGAAGAAAAAAGCAAAGAGCCAGCCGGCCAAUAUUGGGGGAGGGUUAAAUUGUGAAUUGUGUUCUUAUUUUUUUUUUUUCCCUUUAAUUACAGUUACUUAUUAUUAUAUAUAGUGAUUAAAUAUAUUCUUUGAAGCUAUAAAUAUAUAUUGAAAUAUUUGGUUAUCUACCCAUUGAAAUUGGAUCUCAA